GACGCGGCGCCCAAGCUCCGGGGCUCGGCUGGUUGGGCGGUCGGACGCAGACGCUGAGCCCGCCUGCCCGGGCGCGCAAGUGGCUGACAUGAAGCAUUGGCUGCACCUUGUUACUGCCUUCUUUACUGUUGGAGCUAUCUGCGUGGAUCCUUGCCAUGGUGCCAAAGUGCUGGCAAUACCUACCAUAAUCUUUGACAGCCACCUGUACAUCUUUACACGGGUGGUGGAAGCACUGGACAGCAGAGGUCACAAUGCGGUCCUCCUCCUCAACGAAGGCCGGACCGUGGAUACCUUUCCGCAUAGCUACAGAAUACAGUGGUACAGAGGAAUCUUCAGCGUAGAAAGCGUUGACGAUUGGCUACAGGAGAAGCUGAAGCGAGUAUUUGAAGGGAAGAUGACUGCCUUCGAGCUGUUUUCCCUCCUGGAGAAGUACCUGGAGAACUGCGAUAUGCUUCUUGGAAACGCUACCCUUCUAGAGCAGCUUCGAAGCGAGGAGUUUGACCUGGUCAUUGUUGAUCCCAAUGAAAUGUGUGGCUUCAUCGUGGCCCACGUGUUGGGUGUAAAAUACGCUGUCUUCUCCACUGGCUUUUGGUUCCCAGCAGAGAUCGGAGCCACUUCGCCUAUCGCCUACGUCCCAGAAUUUAAUUCCCAGAUGACCGAUCAGAUGGGCUUUGUGGGCCGGACUUGGAAUCUCCUUGUUUUUCUUAUGACUCGUGUAGGUACCAGGUUCUUGAUCUUGCCCAAAUUUGACCGUUUAAUGGCAAAACAUGAUGUGCAGCCCCAGAAAUCCAUGCUGGAGAUUAUCUAUGGCACCAGCCUCUUUUUCUUGAGCAACGAUGUGGUGAUUGACUUUCCCCGGCCCACACUUCCUCAUAUUAUUUUUGCUGGAGGAGUUCUUACAGGGCCUGCAAAACCCCUUCGAGCGGACCUGGGCCUCUGGAUGGAAGCCGCGGAUGCUGGUGUCAUUGUGGUCUCCUUCGGUGUUGGCAUACGAGUGCUCCCGAAAGACUUAGUGGAGAAGAUGGCUGGGGCCUUUGCUCGCCUUCCACAGAAGGUUGUGUGGCGAUACUCCGGUCAGAAGCCGGAUAACAUGGGUGAGAACACGCUAAUGAUGGAUUGGCUACCUCUGAACGAUCUUCUAGGUCACCCCCGUGUGACAGCUCUCGUCAGCCACUGUGGCUUGAACAGCAUAUAUGAGGCCAUCUACCACGGAGUGCCAGUGGUAGGCUUCCCUUUCUAUGGGGACCAAUUUGACAUCAUGACGCGCAUCCAGGCGAAAGGGAUGGGCAUUCUCAUUGACUGGAGCCGUAUUACUGAAGAAAGUCUCUACCAGGCCUUAACCACGGUGAUUUCGAACCCCAGUUUCCGCAGAGCAGCCCAGAAGAUCUCAGAACUGUACCUGGACACACCCAUGCAUCCCCUCAACCGCACUGUCUAUUGGCUGGAGUAUCUCCUUCGGUAUGAUGGAGCUGCAUAUCUCCGCCCAUCCCUCUACAGGCUUUCCUUCUAUGAGUAUUACUGCUUGGAUAUUUUGGCACUUCUGUUCCUGAUUCAAGUAGGCAUCUGCUAUGUCUUGUACAGACUGUGCUGGAGUCGCAGGAGUUUGGAAGUCAACCCAGUGCAUGUCAACGGUCACUAUUUGAAUGGCCACGUCCUAGAGGAGAAGAAGGUGCAGUAGGGCUUGGCCAGCUCUGAGCCAGGCUGAGUAAACUGUGCUUAGUCCUGCCUGUGCCUCUGUAUAGAAUGGGCUGGGGUGACAACUGGGACACGGGUGGAUCUUGUUGGCCGAGACGGGGUGAGAGCACCAAGAUGAGAUUUAAAUCUGGGGAAUGUUGGGGGAGAACAGUUGCUCCCCUGCUUUCCUCGGCAUGGCAAUUGAGAUUGAAGGCAAGAAGAGGCAGGGGUGGGGCUCUGUGAGUAGUGAAGGCGAGGAAGGCCACGGCCUUCCAGCAUUCCAAACAAGGGUACCAGGAAGACUUUUCAGCCGCUUUGUAUACUGCACAGCAUCCCAAAUGUUUUCUGUUUUGAACUUCACAGGCAGGCGACAUCUCACUUUCCUUUGGUACUCUAAACUCUUGACUAUAUGAUACUAAAUUAUUAUUUUUUAAAAUAUAUUCCUUUCCUUUGGUUGUUACCUUCAACCAGCCUGCGCGUGAAUUUGAAAGCAAUAACACGUGUGACUUCAGGUUUUGCUUCUAGUUGGGGUUUAGCUAGGAGGGAGAGGAAGGCCAUCGAGUCGUAUCCCUUGUUUUAUCCAGGGUAUGGAGAUCGUGGGCGGGAGCGAUGGAGAACGGAGUGAACAAAGCUCUGUAUGCUGGAGUUACUUGAAAAAACACGGAGUGCCGUGCUCUCCUGAUCUGCGCUGAUGACAUAUUUCUCAGUGAUUUCUUUUUAAA